CAGACGAGACAAUGAUGAUCGUUGUGUUUCAUAGUUUCUUCAGAAGAACUGGUCACGGAACGCAUAAAUCUACAUGCUAUUGCAUUCAAUCAAACAACGGGCACACGUUGUUUCUCUUUCAGCCGCGAUGAAGUUUUCUGUUUAAAUGAAUUUGGAACUAGCACCAGCAUUAACAACUCUAACAUGAUCGCUGCGCUGGGCAACAACAGUUGAGUAGUCGGCAUAGUUGCGUGAAACUACGACGUUGUUUACAUUUUCUUCUCCUAUCCCACUUUUAUACGAAUUUUGUUUCAGUAUAAAUUUUCAUUUCGAUGCAAAUUGUUUCGAUAAGUUUUCGUUUGGUUUUUAUAAGUUAUGUGUUUUAUUGUUUUGAUUCGUGUUCAAUAUCCUUUUUUGCCUAGAAUUUAUUGAUUCACCUUUGAACUCUGCCACGACGGUCACAUGUGUGGUGAUGUUAAAAUUCAGCGACAUUUUUUUGAUUUUGGUAUGUUUCGCCAUAUGAAUAAAGAAAGUAUAGCGUCUUGCAAUAACAAAGUCGCAUAACAUAAACAAUGUAACAUUGUUUACACACAGAAAUUAUAUCGUGCACUGAGGAAAUGAGAUAUGAAUAGAGAAAAAAAAAAUUGCAUGCUGGAAAUGGAAGAUGAGUGCACUAUAUUGAUAAACUCAAUUGGACCAAAUCGCAAUGUUCAUUCGGUAUCAUUUGGUUUUGUGUUUUUUUUCGUAUCUCAAUACCAUGCCGAGUUUAUUACCAAUAAUGCAGUCAGUAUUCUUGCAAACCAGUCGCCCAUACGUAACCAACAGAAGAGAAAUGAAGAAGAAAAAGUCGGAAAGAAAAGAGAAACAAAAAAAAAACGGCUCAAGACUUUUGUUUUCAUUAUGGGUGAGCACACAUGAAAUGAAUGCACAUGCAUCGAGCGAUAUUUUCUGGCGAAUCAAAAAGAAAUCCAUUCCAUUGAAUUAUUCGCCAAUUAUCCAGAAUCGCUGUUAAAAUACUUAGCCAGCAGUCUUUCUGUUUGCUUUCCGUAGCUAAGCGUAUCAACGUCGUUCGAUUCCACGAAAUUGUACGAAAUUUUUUUUGCUAACAAAUUGAAUUAGUCAUGUCAUACUUGAAGAUUUUUAGCGCCAUAUACGAACAACGUUUCAAACAAAUUAAGUGGCAGAGAAAACGCCUUCCUAUUGUUGAUUGUCAUCACCUAGAUGAGUUUAUGUUGUUGAUGAUGACGACGACGACGACGAUGAUGAAAAAAAAACAAUAACAAACAAAUACCAUAGUUGAUAAAAAAAAUAAAAUCGAAAAAUGUCCAAUGUAAACAUGCAUUUAGAUUUCACUAAAUAUUGACACUUGUUGACCAAAACAUAAUUAGUAUCAUGGAUCAGGUGAUUUAAAUAAGAGAGGAGAGAAAAAAGUAGCGUACUAAAAAAAAAUUUCACUCACUCUCGUCUAUUCAUAGCGCGUAAUAAUCUAUACAAAAUAGAUGUUUGUGGCGAUAGAGCGCGACACACAAGUGGAAAAAAGAGUGUAAUUUGUUCGUUUUUUUUUUGUUUCGCUUCUCUACGGCUAUGAAUGUGCUGUUUUUUCUGUGUAUUGUGCCCAAAUGAUAGCUGAACAUGCUAAACUCAUUUGAAUCUUUGUUUAUUGUUUUUGUUUCUUUCAAUCUUUCCAACCGUUUCAUUUUGUUCAUGACUCGCUCGAAUCGAUCAUGAAUCUUAGCAUUUUACAAUUUUACUGACCUCAUACAAUCAAAACAAAAUCUUUCGUGUAUAUUUUUAGCCACAUUUACGCGCGAUCAGAACAAAGAGAAGCGCUGUGUAUAUUGAAUGUGCCUGAUUCUAUGAGAAAAUUCGUUCUUUUUUUCUUCUCCAUUCCCAAUUUUCUGCCGUGUAUUUGUGCUUUUUAUUCUGCUUCUUCUUCUGUGUCUCCCACAUUCUCAUUCCACUUUAAUUUUCUUUCAUUAUUGGCAUUUCGAGUGGAAGAGAGCAGGAAGGAACGAAUGAGACAGAGACAGAGACAAAAUCACAAUCCACGAUAUUUUAGUGCGAAUAAUUGCGCAUAAAAUCGAAAGAAACAGAAUGAAAAUGAAUAAAAAAAGAACAACGUAGAAUAUAGCAUUCGAUGGUGGUAAAUUGUUUUAGUCAAAGCGACCCAAAGACUAUGUUAUACAAGUUCAAUGGAUUCUACUAGAUCACUUGGUAUUCUUUGCAAAAAGAAUCCAUUUGUGUCUGUAUGACUUAUUUUUUUCACUCUCCCGGUGAGUUCAAUCCGUUUCAGCUGGUGGAAUAGGUGGCAUUAUUGGCGUUGUUGUUGUUGUUGUUGUUUUCUCGUUGAAUUGCUAUCGUUGUGUCGGUUCAACUAAUAUGGAUAAUUUCAUUAAUUUUAUGUAAUCAUUUUCAAAGUUACGCAUCAUAACCACACCAUUGUAUGCUGGUUAAAUGGAUUUGGUAGCCGUGAACACGGACUGCUAACACUAUUUUGCUACAAUUUUGUGUUUCUUCGAUUUAUUUCCAAUUCGGUUUCCCGACCGUUGUUAUGAGCGGUCGCUAUCUGUUAUUUUUUCCCUUUCGUUAUUCAAUUUUUUUUAUAUACGUAUCUAGUCUGGCAAAUGUUAUAGAAUAUCCACAUUUGAAUGAAGCCAAACCUUAAAAAAUAGCAACAGCAGCAGCAGCAGCACACCGAUCGAAAUGAAUAUAUGUGUAUGGUUCGGUGGCAAUCGAACGAAAUCGACUCACCACCCCAAACAUAAACAAAAAUCUCGUGUACAGUGGAGAAGAGACAACGGACAGUGUGUGGCACAAAGCAUGCGCACAUAUCCAAGCAGGUAGUGAAUGUGCAGUUGUUAAAGCAAAGUGCUUCUUCUUGUUAAACGAACAAGCCUUUUCCUGUGUCUGCGCACACAACCUAAUUAACGGAAUUUUUAUUUGAACGGUUUUUGCAUUUCCAUAUUUCCUUUCUUUGAAUUUUGCUCUUGAAUACACACUUCAUUUGAAUGAUUAACUGAUAGCUAGUUCAUUUUUUUGCUGUAGUUCUGUCCAAAAAAUUACCCGAUUUUGUUAUCUGUUAAGUGUGUGCGUAUUUUAUUUUCGUAACGAGAAAUUAAAAACAAAAAAACAAUCAACCACAAAAAUAACAACACAGAGUCGAAAGUACUUGCCGGUUUAUCGGUGGGUGACAUCCAAAUUGUUGAUUCCAAACAGCAUCAAUUAAAAUUGUCGAGAAGGAAACGACCAAAAGUAACAAGGAAAAAUUAUUGAAGCAUCAGACUCAGGCACAUUCCUUAGGAGAUAGGAGAAGUGAAUAUCGUCAAUAUGGUAGUUCGCUGCAAGUCAAUCGAUUUAAUUCUUUUCAUUUGUGCAUUGCUUGCGUCCAAGCCAAUAAAUGCCCAGCGAAGCGGUGAAUGCUGCCAAGAAUACUGCUAUGAUUUGGACAACGAACGACCACAAUCAGCUCAUUUUGCAUCGAAAACUUCCUAUUUAAUCGUCAAAGGACCCGAAACUGGCAGACAAUACCUUGUUCCUAAUUGCAAUCCAACCAAAAUCUGGAUCUUCGCCAGACAUGGCACUCGUUUGCCAGAAGGAGAAAGAAUGCAGAGUUUGAGCCAACUGGAAGAUUUGAGAGAUGAAAUCAUUGCAAACUAUGAAAAACGACAUUCGAAGCCAGCCAUCGGUGCCAUGUGUGAAAAUGACUUAGAUCUUUUGAAACGGUGGCAUUGGAAUCAAAACAUCACUGCUCAAUACGCAGCAUUCCUUACAGUUCAAGGCUGGGAGGAGCUUAAAUUUAUGGCCAUCCGAUAUCAAAGAGUGUUUCCGAAUAUUUUGGAAAAUAUUUAUGAUAAAAACAAAUUUUUAUUCCGUUAUACAAACACUCAACGGACAGAAGCCAGUUAUAAAGCGUUCGUUGAAGGUCUCUUUGGUCCAAAUGCCCAUGAACAUAUUCAAGUACAGCCGCCACCAACUAAUGACACAUUGCUCAGACCCUAUGACUAUUGUGCACCGCACGAUAUGUCAAAAUCCAAAGGAGACGGAACUGAAUACAAGAAAUUCGUAAAAUCGCAAACUAUGACACAGCUGGUGAGCGAUGUGUCAUCCCGUCUUGGCUACAAGUAUCCAUUGAAAUUGCAGCAAGUAAUGGAUAUGUUUGAAAUGUGCCGAUUCGAUCAAGCAUGGAAUAUCGGGAGUCCGAGCGCAUGGUGUGCAGCAUUCACUCCAACACAAAUCGAUGACCUGGAAUAUCUGGAAGAUCUUCAGAAAUACUACAAAAGCAGUUACGGACGUGAAUUGAAUUCACGCAUUCAAUGUGCAGCUGUAAAUGAUAUGCUUCAUCAUCUUGAAACGAACAAUCUACCAAAAACCGUUGCAUAUUUCACACACUCAAAAGCUAUAGUCUUACUUUUGACCGCACUUCGAUUCUUUAAAGAUUCCGAUUCGCUUCGUGCCGACAACUACUACAGUAUGUCACAGCGGAAGUGGCGCUCGAGCUACAUUUUACCAUUUGCAUCGAAUCUAGUUGCCAUCAAAUAUGACUGUCCAAAUGAUAUGGAACGCGAUAAGGUCAUGUUCUUCCUGAAUGAAAAACCCAUAACUGAUCUUGACUGGUGCAAAGUGGGCUUGUGUAAUUUGGCCGAUGUCAAAGAACGCUACAAAAAAUUCACACAAGCCAAUUGCGAUGAAUACUAUUGCACUGAUUCGGGUGCAUCAAGCAUACUAGCUUCCAUAAUUUUACCUUUGAUUGCGAUGAUAUUACACAAAUUAGCGGCCUAAAUGGGCCAAUAAAUAGCCACCAAAUGCUGAGUCAUGCUGCUCAAAUAAGAUAAGAAUAUUUAUAAAUCCAUCUGGCAACUGAAACAAAGCCAAUCCAAAUUUCUUUUAUAUUUUUAAGUCCGUCCAAUUAACAGUGCUGCAAUACAAUUGCUAUUAAUGAUUAGGCAAUCUAAUUUUUAGACAGGAGAAAAGAGUUAGAAUUUUAUUUACUAAAUAACUACAAUAAUUUCAAUUAUUUGAUGACAAAAUAAAAUUAAUCUGAUUUUAUAAGAGAUGACACAGACCAUAA